AUGGCUAUGGCUACUUUUUCGAGUUUCAAAAGAUGUUUGAAUUCUACAAAUUCAUUUUGUCAUAUUUGUGGAAGAAACGUGCCUCAGAACAUUUGCAAUCAGUACCUUCAUGAGGUACUGAGACCAGUACCUCAUGAAGAUGACAUUCCUGUUCGGAUACCAAUUGUCAUAGCAAAAGUUUUACCAAAUGAUGAAUCAAUUGAUUCCCUUGUAUAUUGUUCAAAUAUACCUGGAUUGAUAACUGAGUUGGGAGUUAUGUAUGAUGCCAAUAAACGGAAAAAUUUUAUUGACUCUUCCAAACGAUGUUUCAAAGCAGUUCUUUUGCAUACUGGAAAUAUUUAUGCAUCUGUGCCAAUUGCAUAUUUUAUUCAAUUGAAAGAAACUAAUGACAACAUGGGGGUGUUUCAUGAAAAGCAUAAGUGUAAGCAUAAGUGGUUGAUAAGUGGUGAUAUCAAAAUAAUAAUUGGAAUUAUUUUGAGAGGCGAGGAGGUUAUACUAAACUUUCAUGUUUUUUAUGUGAGUUGGAUAGCAGGACAGAUAAAGAUCACUUGCAAAUGGAAUGUUAACACCAUGACGGAAUAUUGUUGGAUGCUGAAAAGGGAGAAUUUGACGGCUAAAGAAUAUGGAAGAAAAUCAAGAAGAAGUUUAUGUCCUUAA